GGUAAACAACAGCAUCGUGAAAGAUGCUACCAGUGCAGAUGAAUGGGACAGACAUGGAUGGCUAUUAUAUUGACAAGAGAAGUACUGUGAACUGGAGCUCCCUGAGAAGUCUUCAUGAAUGUGGGACCGAGAAGUUGCUGGAGGUUUGGUUCUCCAGGCAGCAGCCCGACGCAAAUCAAGGAUCUUCGCGCCACCCCAAGAUCCAAAUGGGACCUACUUAUGAAGGAUGUGCAAUGUUCAAUCAUAAGUGUGACAAAAACUGACAAGCAGGAAGCUUAUGUAUUCAGUGCGAGUAGCAUGUUUGUCUCCAAGAGACGUUUCAUUUUGAAGACGUGUGGUACCACCCUCUUGAUGAAAGCACUGGUUCCCCUGUUGAAACUUGCUAGGGAUUACAGUGGGUUUGACUCAAUUCAAAGCUUCUUUUAUUCUCGUAAGAAUUUCACAGAGCCUUCUCACCAAGGGUACCCACACCAGAAUUUCCAGGAAGAAAUAGAGUUUCUUAAUGCAAUUUUCCCAAAUGGAGCAGCAUAUUGUAUGGGACGUAUAAAUUCUGACUGUUGGUACUUGUAUACUUUGGAUCUCCCAGAGAGUCAAGUAAUCAAUCAGCCAGAUCAAACCUUGGAAAUUCUGAUGAGUGAGCUUGACCCAGCAGUUAUGGACCAGUUCUACAUGAAAGAUGGUGAUACUGCAAAGGAUGUCACUCGUGAGAGUGGAAUUUGUGACCUGAUACCAGGUUCUGUCAUUGAUGCCACACUGUUCAAUCCUUGUGGGUAUUCGAUGAAUGGAAUGAAAUCGGAUGGAACUUAUUGCACUAUUCACAUCACUCCAGAACCAGAAUUUUCUUAUGUUAGCUUUGAAACAAAAAGUCAGACCUCCUAUGAUGACCUGAUCAGGAAAGUUGUGGAAGUCUUCAAGCCAGGAAAAUUUGCGACCACCCUGUUUGUAAAUCAGAGUUCUAAAUGUUGCACUGUGCUUUCUUCACCCCAGAAGAUUGAAGGUUUUAAACGUCUUGAUUGCCAGAGUGCUACGUUCAGUGAUUACAAUUUUGUUUUUACCGGUUUUGCUAAGAAGCAGCAACAACUGCAAAGUUGAUUAAGAAAAGGAAGAAAAAAAUGCAAAAAGAGAAUACACAUAGAAGAAGGUGGUGGCUGCUUUUUAGAUACUGAUACCAGGGGCCAUGCUUUCCAUAACCACCACCUUAUAGUUGCAGAAAGUCCUAGAUGUAAUGAUAGUGUAAUCAUUUUGAAUUGUAUCCAUUAUUAUAUCAAGGAGUUAGAUAGCUUACAUGAAUGCUCUCUUCUGUGUUUGGGUAUCCUAUGCCACUCCUGCUGUGAAAUUGAAGUGCAUGUAGAAAAAACCUUUUACUGUAUGAAACUUUACAACACUUGUGAAAACAAUUCAAUUUGGUUUACUCACAGUGUCGUAUUUCUCCAGGUUUCAUCCAAAAUUCCCCACAGGCAAGGCUUUCGUCCUCAUUAGGUGUUGGCCUCAGCCUAGCCAUCUGGGACUGUUCUAUAAAAUUGCUGCCAGGAUUUUACAUCCACCUUGCCGCCACUUUCUAGAACAUACUCUCUACUAAUGUUAUCAGAACCAAUUUCUACUUCAUACAGAUGUUUUUGCAACAGCAGUUAAAGUUUUCCUUCCAUGAGCCAAGUCCUCUAAUGAUUGUGGUUAUCCAUUUGGUGUGUUGCUAUUUUAACACUGCUUCCUAAACUUGUAUUAUUUUAAUUGAUUCGUUCCUCUCCAUGGUGUCUCCCCUCCAACCACACCCCCUCAGUGAAGCAAUACACUAUUACACUGUGGGUUUAUGCUAUUCUUAUACCCCAGAGGGGGGAGGAGGGGAUAGAGCCUGGGCUUCAUUUUCUUUUAAGGUCAGGGGAGUUUGGCCUUUUCAUUAGAAUGAGCUCUUUUGGAGAUAGUAACAAAAAUAAGGUCAUGUCUAUGAGGAAAGAAGACAUAGAUGGAUGCUAGGGAAUAUUGGCAGAACUGAAUGGAAAUCGUAUGCCACUCUGUAGCUCUUGUGCCCACCCCAUUAAAUGAGAUUACCUUCUCAGGAAUACCAUGCUUUUACUAACCGGCUAAGUGGUAGUAUAAAAGAAUUAUUAUCAAUAUACUAUAUUUAUUAGUGAGGAGAUUUAAGAUGAAGGUAGUGUUGGAUUCAACAGAUCAGAUAAGCUCAGAUGAUUCACGUUAACUUUAUUUUUGCAGCCAUUUCCACUAAUUUCUAUUAAUGAUAUGCCAUAAACUUUGGUUCAAAGCAAAAAAAAAAAAAAAAAAAAAGAGAAAGUAAACAAACACAGCAUUUAACCUGAUUAUGUAAGAGAAAAAAAUACUUUAAAGGUGCUAAGAAAAUUAGCAGAAAUGAAAUAACACAAAAGUUGAAAAAAAUUGUUAAGCAAAAAAAAAAAAAAUAUUAAAGCAGACCACCACCACUACCAAAAAAGCAGAACCAACAAAUUCAAGUACUAUAAUUACAUUUAAAAGACUACAGAAUUUAUUAAGGAAGAAAAAAAUUAAAAUGAAAAGCAGAAAAAACCGACAUCAUAGAAGAGACUGUUAGCGAAGGUUUCCUGAACCAAGAGAGAGGAAACCUUUGAAUGGAUGGUAUCAGAACCUCAGUACUGCAGGGGAGAUGACACAAGUAAUCAGAUGGUGGUAGCUGAAGCAGAGCUUCUGGUCUUUUUGCAGACUAGGGACCCUUCUAAGGCAGGCGCCUGGAAUGAGGCGCUCUACCUGAGACAGAGACAGAGAAGGAGUGGCAACAGCUUCUUGGAGUGAACCCAGCACAUCUGGGAGUGAUGAUUUUUCUGUAUCUUUUCCAUUUCUUCUCUGGUAGUUGAUUGUCUAGAUCAUGGGAGACCUGUACUGUCUAGUGGGUAGAGUGAAACAACACAGGGAAGAAUUGAACACUAUCUAACAAGGUGGGAGGCAAGAACUGUCCUUACUCCUGGGACCAGGACUCAGUGUUGUAGCUUCAGGUAGAAGUCAGGAAGCUCCACGAGGUGAGUGACCAACAGAAGGACGCUGUGUCCAUCAGCUCAAAUGCCUCAAAUGCUUGUAGAGCCACAGUUGCUGCCACUGCCUUGAAACACUCAUGUCUCAGAACCAUACUCACCAGACAGAACUGCCCCAGGAAGAUAGCUUCACCUCUCUUCUUCCCUCCAAGUUUCACAGGAGAGCACAGGCAGAAGCUAAGUCACAUCUAAGACCUCAGCUAACAAGAGCCUGGGAAAUGUAGUCUAUAGUUCUUCAGAUUAACAAUCAAUCCAAACACAACCAAACCACAGAAGGGGUUUGGAAACCAAUGCCAAAUGCUGAUGAUCAUAUUUAGCACAAUGUAUCUAGAUGUAGUUCCUUUCAUUGACCUUGUUUGGAGCUUCCUGAAUCUGAAAGUAGAUAUCUUUUAUCGGUUCUGGAAAAUUUUCAGCCAGUGUGCACUCAAAUGUUGCCUGACUUCUCUGGGUUACCACUUUCUCUUGGUUUUUGGCCUUCGAAGAUUCAUCAUUACUUUCUCUCCAUUGAGUCACUCCCCCCCCACCCCCCAGCAAAAAAAGGGUAAAUUACUUCUUGGAGGAAGAGUAAUAUUACUCAAAAUAUUAGGUUGUUUUCAACCUUUAAUUUGGACACUAUUGAAUAACAAAAGUAAUAAAAAUUGACCUGAGAUAAAAUCUUUAUCACAUGCUUUAUUCCCCUUCACCCCUACCUUCAUCAAAGGGAAUUUAUUAAAGAAAAGCCAGGAGCUGAGGGACUGUAAGGUUAUGUGCCUGUCUUACAGUUUUUAAGAGGCCUGGAGCUGCUCCACACUUGCUGGCUGUAGAUAAAUGGCAGGGCCAGCAAGGAUGCCUUUGAACAGUCUUCUCUUAAAGCCAGAUUUCUUAGACAAAUUGAUUUAUGGCAUCUGUCAAAGCAUAUUUCUCAUUAAAGAGGAAAGUAGCAAGCUGAUGAUAGAAUAUCAGUUCUUAGUGACAGGAGAGAGAAGCAGGUUUAUGUUUGGCAGCUUCUACCACCGUCAGCGUUGUGGUUCUGCAGUGGCAUGGAUGACUCAGAGCCCUUUCCCUAGAGUUGCUAGGCAUGAACUCUUAAUUAGAAAUAACAUGUAAUAUUUCUGAGCAGGAAGCAAUGAACAAACUGACCUGCAGCUAUUAGACAAUAUAAAUAACAAAAUUUCAUUCCUCAAGAGGCCAUGUUAGGGAAGAAGUAGGUGUAAAACAGUUUCCAAUAGAGGUUACUUGAUGGAGUUCAGAACAUGUUACUUAUUGCAAAAUACAGUACCUUGGCAUAUCCAGUAUUGGAAACUGGAGGAAUUUGAGAACUGGAAGAACUGGAAGAAGCAGGAAGGACUCUAAACUCCCCUUCUCCCCUGAAGGAACCCUCUCCCUGCACCUAAAAGGGAAAGGGAUUCUUAUUUCCCGGGAUGGAAGGACACUGCGAGGAACCCAAAGGAGCAUGAUUUGCUAAAUUUCUCAGUUUACUACCUUUUGCUCAUAUCCCUUUGUCCUAUCAUGUUUUCCCAUGACUUUCCACUCUUCAUCAAGCUCAGUAUAGAAACACUCAGGCGUAACUAUUCCUUCAGGUUUUCAUUUCCUUAUAAAGGCUUCAGAGACAUGAAAACUUAUAGUAAAGAAAUCUGUAUGCUUUUCUCCUGUUAAUCUGUCUUUGUCAGUUUAUUUUUCAGGCUCAGUAUGGGACCCAAAGAGGGCUGAGAAAUACUUUCUCCUCCCCUCUACUUAAGUAGGGACACUCCUGCAUCAGUUCACAAACAUGCAAUUAAAAAUAAUUUUUCCCCUCAUUUGAGGGUCAUAAUGAUACCAGGAAAAGAAGUGAAGGCUACUCCCUACUACCUGAACUCCUCACAUGUAUUCUCUCACAGCCAGCAGGGGCAGAGAGGGCAUGGUGACAAAAGCCUCCUUGGGAGCAGAACCUACCCAUAUUUUCCCCCUAAAGGGAUCAUGUGUUCUGCUAGAUUCUAUCCAACCACUUAAAGGGACAAGGCAUCCUGGCAGCUGAUUUGGCUACAUGCUAAUGCUGGGGCCCAGGUCAAGGCUACUCUCAGCCUGAAUUUUGCAUGAGGCACAAAUGCUUAGAAGAGAGACGUUGUAGUUCACUGAUGUGUGGCUGCACUGACUCAAUUCCCGCCAAGCUGUCUCUGCCAUGUUAGUGUGCUCGAUCAUUAAAAUAUACUCCUGUUCUGCCACUACCCAGUUUAAAAUCCUUCAGUGACUCCUUCACUACCUACAAAGUAAACCCCAAAUCUGUUAUAGAAAACCCUCCAUGAUCUUACCUACUGGUUGCUUCCCCACUCCAGGCAUUCAAAACACUUUGGUUGUUCAUGACCAAAGUGAACAUAUUUCAUUGUUCCAAGGGUCUAGUCAGAGUGGACCAUGCCGUGGGUCUCCCAAGAUGAAUCAAUGAAUUCUCUGCCCAAGGACUUUUGGGUUUGAGAAGAGAGAGAGAGAGUUGGGGGAAAGAGAAAGAGAGGGAGAAAGAGAGAGGGAGGGAGAAAAAGUGUGGAGAAAAACACUCAGCAGUGAGAGAGGAUGAGGUCCAUAUGCAGAGAAAUGUGAAAGAGAUGGAGAGUCUUGGUAGCAUUGACCCCCCCCCAGUUCCAGUUGGAUUUUAUUACAUUGUUGACCUGGAUAACUCCUUCACAGGGAAAAGGACAUGAAUUUCUGAUCUCCAGUGAGGGUGCCAUUUAAAAAAAAAAAUGCUGUCUGGAGCACUCUUUCUAGCUUGAAGUAGCAUAUAACUGAAAGACUGGAGACAUCUAGUUAUUUCUAGCUUUGUCUCUACCCACCCCCCAGCUUUGCCUUUGACGCAAAAAGAAAAAAAAAAGCUGAAAGAAAAAGUGCCAAAGAAUAUUUUUUUAAAAAUGUUCUUUUAUUUAUUUGUGAGAAAACAUUUUGAGGCUAAUUCUUCAAGAUAAGAUCCUGAGCUUUAUGAAAAUACCUGAUAGCUUUAAUUUGAAAAAGAUAAUCUGCUGGAGCAUUCAAUGGAAAAACACACAUGUUGUCAAAUACUUAUUUUUCUCUCUACAAACUGCCCCUUAAGUACACAUCUAGGCUAGCAAUGUUUGGAAUGUAUAAAAGAAUCUAAGGAAUUAAGUUAGAAUUCAUUGAUUACCUGCAUCUCUUUUAGGCUUCAGGAUUGAGCAAGUGCGUGUUGUUUGAAGUGUGGAAACUUACACCCAUGAAAUUUCCCUUUUAUUGUUAGCACAAGUCAGUACCUGGGAAGCUGGUUGAGAAAAAGUACAGUGAGGCGUGCCCUGGGAUGACUCGUUCCUUUUCAUUCAUAAGAACUGGGCUCAAGCCUCCCCACCUCAGGGUGGGAGCCAUGACUGGGAGUCUGUACGAGGCCAGCAAACCCAGGCAGAAAAUCUAUAUGUGGAUCCACAGACCGCAGAUGAGAGGGGGCCACUGGUUCCACAAAACCAAACCCAAGAGAGAAGUGGGCAAAGGCAGAGGAGAGGAGCUGGGGCACUGGAUCAGUAAAGUAGGAGGUUCAUACCGAGGGCUGCAAACAGGAAUCCCCCUCAACCUACAGGUUGCUGAAGAUUAAGGAGAACAUGCUAGGCUGUCCUUUCUAGCCUUUCUUUAC